AGAUGAGUUAAAAGCACUCAGAUGGAGGAGACCGGACCCCCCACCCUCAAGACGAUCCAUCUCGGGAAGCUGAAGGUGGUCCGCCGGCGCUUGCUGCAGAGGUACGAGCACCAGCCCUUCAUCUCCUGCCUGGCUGGUUUGUACAGCUGCCGCUGGAGGCGGUACCAGCGCGAGAAGACUCAGCCUGGAAAAUGCUGCUGCAGCAUGCGGGAAUGCAUAUUUUUCCCAUUGCUCAUUGCAGCUUUCUGCGUUUCUCUGGUCUUUCUGUACACGUGGAGUGAAGGUAAAAAUGACUACAAUGGCUUUGACUGGUAUAACUAUGGGAACCUGGGCUUCUGGUUUCUMUGGUCUCUUCUUAUCCUGAUUGUGGCUUCAGUCUUGUUCGCAUACAGCUCAUUGUUACUGGUCCUUGCGGUGUGUUUGCUUGCAGAAGGUCAGCAGCUGUACCUGCACUGGAGUCACAAGAUUGGUACUUUUGUCGUCCUGGUCUUCUGUCUCUCAUGCCUCUCCGCAUUAUCUAUACUCUGGCGAGAUCACCGGAAAACUCUUCGCCUGUCAUUCCAGGUCACAGCUCCUUAUCUCCAYUUAGGGGCAAUUAUCAUCAUGGUCCUUCUGUCCUGGCCUGUGGCUCUUCAUGCCAUCAGAGCAGACAAGAAAGUUAUUCAGGUGAUAAUUGUUGGUCCAUACCUGGCUAUCCUUCUCUUUCUUUUCUUGAUACCUCUGGGGAUGUACUCUCCUUGCAUCAGAGAGAGGGGAACACUUGGACCAAAGCCAGCCCUCAUUGGACACCGUGGAGCACCAAUGCUGGCACCAGAAAACACUGAGAUGUCAUUUCUGAAGGCAAUUGAGCAUGGUGGGGAUGGUCUUGAAACAGAUGUCACCAUUAGCUAUGAUGGGAUUCCUUUCCUCAUGCAUGACGACACCUUGAGAAGGACAACUAACAUCCAAGAGGUCUACCCUAAUGAYGUUGAUAAAGAUGCUGCCUUUUUCUCCUGGGCUGCCCUGCAGAAACUGAAUGCUGGAAAAUGGUUCCUGAAGAACAAACCAUUUGUAGGGAUGGGCUCACUGUCAAAGGCAGAUCAAAACCAGGCAAAGAAUCAGUCCAUUUACACGCUACGCAGUUUUUUGCGCCUUGCAGACAGUCACAAUAAACUUGUGAUAUUUGAUCUCUACCGCCCUCGAGCGAAACAUCCUCACAGGAACUCGUGGCUCCGCAGAGUCCUGGACGUCAUUCUSAAGGAGUCGAAGAUUAAACGCCAUCUGGUCUUGUGGCUGCAUCACAGCGUGAGGUCCUUUGUUCAAGCUGUYGCUCCUGGGUUUCAGCACGUGAUGGGCAGAAAGGCACCCAUAGAAGAGUUGUUAAAGCACAAGAUUGUCAAACUCAAUCUGGUCUACACUGACAUGUCCACUGAAGAUAUCCAGAAAUAUGCUGAGGCAAACAUCACCAGCAACUUCUAUGUGGUCAAUGAGCCAUGGCUCUACUCCCUGGCAUGGUGCUCUGGGGCACAUUCUGUGACCACCAAUGCUGUCCACUUGCUGAAGGAUAUCAAACGGCCACUSUUCCUCAUGACUCCGCAGCAGUACAGCGUCAUGUGGGUCCUGACAGACCUGACCUCUGCGCUCCUCAUCUCACUCAUCUUUGCUCUGCACUGGUGGCGAGAGAAGAAUUUCUCCUGCUGUGCCCAGGACAGUAACCCAGAGCUGGAGAAUGGCAACAACAAAUCCAAGACAGAGCUCAGCARCAUGCCUGCCGUCCUGGCCUGACACAGGCAGAGGUGACAUGGACCUGCCAUCUUGAUGAGGCUGGAGAGCCCAGCCAGGGGCGCUCAGAUCUACCUGGUGAGGAGGAGCCAUUUGCCUUCGUGGCCCUGCUGGAGAUGAAUACCAACCUUCCUCUCCUACAGCUUUCCUCGCAUUCCCAUGCCUAGCAGGGCUUCUUGGAGUGCAGGAGAGCACAGACGGAGUUGCAGCCAUGAAGAAACUGUGCACUGUGGUGAGAUGCAGCAACCACAUGGGAGCCACCAUUUACCCCUGGGACCACUGGCAUCCCACAGGGCAAUCACUCCUGUGCUAAAGCCCUUUCCACACAUGCUGCAAACAUCUGAGCAUCCUCCAGUUCUCCUCAUUCUCAGGUGCACAGAUUGCUCCUAUCAGACAAGCCUCUUCUCCACACACUACCUCCCUUCCUCCCUCCUUGCAGGUGUCCCCCAUCCUCAAAAGCACACUAUCCCCAUCACCAUGGUCAGGUGCUGCUGGCAGGGUCGUUACAAUCGGUACCUUUCUAUAACUGAAGUGGGGGCAAUUUUGGUUUUCCUUUUCCCCACUCUUGCCCUGCCAUAGACUCUAACAGGACAGUCUUCUCCCCUUGUCUGUGGGUGAGGGCAUGUCAUUCACAUCAGGGCUGAAGGACUUUUUAGUKUCUUGGCCAUGUAGCUACUGGGACUAUGACCAGUAACAGACCAUUUCCCUGCAGAAGGAUGRAGUUGUGUGAAUUGGUCCCACCAAGUGUCCUGUUUGCUUUUCCCUUGGGAAGGUCUGUAUACCUGUAUUACAGCCUGGAAUUUAUUCCAGCCUUCAUUUCUCCCAGUGGCUGCUGGCACACAAUGGGGAGGGGGCCUAUGCUCUGUAAGGGAGAUGUAAACAUCUCUCAGGUUUAA